UUGGUUGUCAACGGCUCUCCGCGAGGAGAGCACCCGAGAAGGGAGGGGGGAGGAACGGACCCCCUCCGUUCUAACGGGCCUGAUUGGGCGGUUGGGGUUCCAAAGGGGUGUGGCUGGCUUUGGCCGAGGGUUAUAAAAACGUUUGCUGGGCACCGGCCACCCUCAUUAAAGUGAGGGUGGCAUAAGCGAGUUGGUAACAGCGUGGAGAAGGAGGAGGGUGGGGGGAACAUCUGGUUUCCCCCCCGUAAAUGCAUGGGAAAGGUGGAACUUCUUAAACCCUAGUAUCUAGUGUUUUCUCAAUAGGGGUAGGGGGCUCCUGACCCAGGUUAGGAGUAGGCGCACGAUAUUUUAGGUGUAGACUAAGGUGCGUAUGUGAGCCCUCUAAAGGUUGUGCUGUUCUACAAUCCUCUGUGCAGACCCUACACAAUGAAUUCCAAUGUAGAAAAUUUGCCUCCCCACGUGAUUCGGCUGGUCUACAGGGAAGUCUCCACUCUGACCUCAGACCCACCUGAAGGCAUCAAAGUAUUCCCUAAUGAGGAGGACAUCACAGAUGUGCAAGUUACCAUUGAAGGACCUGAGGGUACCCCAUAUUCCGGUGGCCUCUUCCGCAUGAAGCUCAUCCUCGGCAAAGACUUUCCAGCCAGCCCACCCAAAGGCUACUUCCUGACCAAAAUAUUCCACCCCAACGUGGGGGCCAAUGGCGAGAUCUGCGUCAACGUCCUCAAGAAGGACUGGAAAGCGGAACUGGGCAUCCGACAUGUCCUGCUGACCAUCAAGUGUUUGCUGAUCCAUCCCAAUCCAGAAUCGGCCCUGAACGAGGAAGCAGGGCGCCUCCUGCUGGAGAACUAUGAGGAAUAUGCCUCCCGGGCCCGCCUCCUGACGGAGAUCCAUGCCCAGCCUUCGUCUGGCCUGCGCACCAAGGACCCUGCCGAGCCUUGCUCUUCUUCGGCCGGUGCCUCGGGGGAAGGCCCCAUGGCUAAGAAACAUGCAGGCGACAGGGACAAGAAACUGGCCUCCAAGAAGAAGACCGACAAGAAGCGAGCUCUCCGGCGGCUUUAGGGGCCAGCGGGGACGGGGUGGGGUCUGGCGCACAGGGUGGGUGGGUGUGGUGGGCGUUGGGGUUCCACAAGUACAUUCUCCAUUUCUCCUCUCUCUUCCUCUCCCACCUUCACGUUGAGGCUGCAGUCCAAGUCUGUCUCGCCCUUGUCAGAUUUUUCUUCUUUUCCGUCUUUAAGUUAUUUAAAUUAUAAAAGCAGGAAAAUCUAUUAAAUGCCUUUUUUUUCUUAAGAAGGCUCUUAAUG